AUGUCGGUGUUGAGCAAAGAAUCAGGUGGUGAUUUUAAUGUUGGAUGCAUUGGUAAGGACGUCGAGAAUUUUUUGGGAAAUAAAAGAAGGAAAUUGUUUGAAGAAGGAGAUGCACAAAGAUUGUAUGCGUACUUUCUUGAUAGGCAGUGUAAAGAACCUGGGUUUGUGUAUUCCAUGCAAGUUGAUGAGAAUGGGUGUAUGGGAAGUUGUUUUUGGGCAGAUGCAAGAUCAAGGGCCGCAUAUCAAUAUUUUGGAGAUGUGGUCACGUUUGAUGUGACUUACUUGACAAAUAUCUAUAAGAUGCCGUUCGUGCCAUUUUCAGGGGUGAAUCAUCAUCACCAAACUAUAAUGUUCGGUUGUGCAUUGUUAGUUAAUGAAACAGUUGAAUCCUAUAUUUGGCUAUUGAGAACUUGGCAAGAGGCAAUGCUUGGGCGUGCCCCUUCAACCAUAAUUACUGAUGAUGAUAAGGCGAUGGCGAAGGCCAUUAGUGAGUUCCGUCAUUGUAUCCAUGAGACAAUAACUGUUGAUGAGUUUGAGCAGGAGUGGAGUUCAAUACUAGCGAAGUAUGGUCUAGUGGAUAAUGAUUGGCUGCAAAAUCUUUACAACCGAAGGGAUAAGUGGGUUCCAGCUUACUUGCGAACCACGUUUUGUGCUGGUAUGUCAACAACCCAAAGGAGCGAGAGCAUGAAUAAAUUUUUCAAAGAUUAUGUUCGUUCGAGUACAAUGGUGAGCGAUUUUGUGCAUCAAUACGAGAAAGCCUUAGAUGCACGUUAUUUCAAGGAGAAAGAGAAGGACGUGUGCACAAAAUCGACACGGGCGAUUAUGAAAACGUUAUGGAAAAUUGAAAAAGAUGCAGCCUCAAUCUACACAAGGAAGUCUUUCAUGAUCUUCUAG